CAGACGCGCCGAGGCUGGAGAGCAGACGCGCCGAGUCACGCCGGCAAGGGAGGGGCCUCGGGCCCGGCGGCGACCACGGGAGCUGCUGACAGGAGCGGGAGCCGGAACGGGAGCCGGAACGGCGGGAGGCCGCUGGCAGCAGCACCUGGUCCGAGAUGGGGUCCCAGGUCUCGAUGGACGUGGGAGCCGUGCAUGUGGUGAUCGUGGGCGGGGGCUUUGGCGGCAUCGCGGCCGCCAGCCAACUGCAGGUGCUGAACAUCCCCUUCGUGCUGGUGGACAUGAAGGACUCCUUCCACCACAACGUGGCAGCCCUCCGGGCCUCCGUGGAGAGUGGGUUUGCCAAAAAGACAUUCAUUUCCUACUCGGUGACCUUCAAGGAAAACUUCCGGCAGGGCCUGGUGGUUGAGAUAGACCUGAAGAAUCAGACGGUGCUGCUGGAGGACGGCGAGGCCCUGUCCUUCACAUAUCUCAUCCUGGCCACGGGCAGCACUGGGCUCUUCCCAGGCAAGUUUAACCAGGUGUCCAGCCAGCAGAUGGCCAUCCAGGCCUAUGAGGACAUGGUGACGCAGGCCCAGUGCGCACAGUCCAUCGUGGUGAUCGGAGGAGGCUCUGCGGGAGUGGAGAUGGCAGCAGAGAUUAAAACAGAAUACCCUGAGAAAGAGGUCACUCUCAUUCACUCCCGAAUGGCCCUCGCAGACAAGGAGCUCCUGCCCUGUGUCCGGCAGGAAGUGAAGGAGAUCCUGCUCCGGAAAGGCGUGCAGCUGCUGCUGAGUGAGCGGGUGAGCAACCUGGAGGCGCUGCCUCUCAACAAGCAUGGCGAGCACAUCACGGUGCAGACGGACAAAGGCACGGAGGUGGCCGCCAACCUGGUGAUCGCCUGCAGCGGUAUCAAGAUCAACAGUUCGGCCUACCGCAGCGCGUUUGGUGAUCAGCUGGCCAGCGACGGCGCUCUGAGAGUGAACGAGUACCUCCAGGUGGAGGGCUACAGCCACAUCUACGCCAUCGGUGACUGCGCCGAUGUGAGGGAGCCCAAGAUGGCCUAUCACGCCAGCCUCCACGCCAGUGUCGCCGUGGCCAACAUCGUCAACUCCAUGAAACAGAGGCCCCUCAAAGCCUACAAGCCAGGUUCGCUGACGUUCCUCCUGGCCAUGGGGAGAAAUGACGGCGUGGGCCAGAUCAGUGGCUUCUACGUGGGGCGGCUCAUGGUUCGGCUGGCCAAGAGCCGGGACCUGUUGGUCUCCACGAGCUGGAAAACCAUGCGGCAGUCUCCACCCUGAUGGGGAGGCUGGGCGGGAGAUAGGUACUGUCACCGCCCGGCGAUCAGAUUUCUUGACAAAUGGUACCCGCUUGACAAAUGCCAAAGGGCAAAAGCUCUUUUCCUGGAGUAAGAUGUCAGUGAUGUACUGACCAGAAACACAACUUAGACAAAACCAAAAACUGGGAGAGAGAGAGAGGGAUAUUGGUGUUAAAAGAAAAAGACACCCUUAAAGGAGUCUUUCUGUUUCAAAGGUCUGCUGGCUGAAUGGUUCACUUGGUCCUGGGGAGGGCACAGCCCACCUUCUCUACCCCAGCCUCCUCUUGGGGUGUGUGUGUGUGUGUGUGUGUGUGUGUGUGUGUGCGUGUGCGUGUGUGCGUGUGCGCGCACGUGCACAUGGUGUGUGGCAUUCAGAGCUCUCAGAGUAUGGGCGAGAGCUCAGUAUCCUGGUGGCAGGAAGGGUCUCCCUGUCUGUAAGGGCAGGAAGGAGGGCCUGCACAAGGAGACCAGCUAAGGAAGGGGGACUGGGGUGGAGAGAUGGCCUACAUCCCAACCUCUCCCAUCACAUUAGGAGGUGGGGAAGCCUAUAACAUCCUGCAGCACUCAGGUUGUUAAUAGGAGCUUAAUUUUAAACUGUUAGUCCCUACCGUCUUUAAUCUUCAUGAAUCUUUCUAUAUUUCUAUUUUUAGAUCCUGAUUAUAUACCAUAGGUUGUAUUUAAGAAGCGUUAGAUAAAAUUUCCCUCCUGGUGAGUCCAUCCUAAUGGAGAGUGAGUUUUUUUACAAAGCUAACGGGUUAAGACAGAAACCUGGCCUGCCAGCUGCUGGGGGUGUUUAAAGAAAGACAGCCAAGCUAGCAUGACCGUCGGGUGGGUCGCCAUCCUGCUAACAUUCAGGGAGCAGAGGAGGUUUCAGUAGGUGAACCCCUGCAUGCUUCCAGGCUACUGUCUUAGGCAAAUUUGUAAGUGACAAAACUCCAGCCAAUGCUGGGGCAGGGGUACCCUGUGGGAACCUUUGUAGUUCUGUGCUGCUUGUUUCUUGGUCAGCCCCAAUGUCACUUAUCUGGAGGUGUAACCAUGUGGCAAUAAUGCCUGCCACCAACUAUGUUAAGGUAUAAAAAUGACUCCUCUGUUUGGGAGAGGACUUCUAAUCAGGAUAAACCUAUUUUGGACCACAUGGGCAAGAUCUCUAAGGCAGAAGUUGUUGAUGAGUUCAUCUGAAUAAAUUCAGGCCCUGCCCCAGCCCACCCUACCCCUCCCUGCCCACUUUUUUUUUUUUUUGCAGUAUGCGGGCCUCUCACUGUUGUGGCCUCUCUUGUUGCGGAGCACAGGCUCCGGAUGCGCAGGCUCAGCGGCCAUGGCUCACGGGCCCAGCCACUCCACGGCAUGUGGGAUCUUCCCAGACCGGGGCACGAACCCAUGUCCCCUGCAUCAGCAGGCAGACUCUCAACCACUGCGCCACCAGGGAAGCCCCCUGCCCACUUUUAAUGGUAACCUCUGGGUACUUGGCCAGAAUUCUUAGGAUACCACCCUCACGAGGGUUCUUGGUCUGUCCUGUCUGGGCUGUGGCCCAGGUCUCUUCCAUUUUGUUGCCCAGGCCUAAGUGAGACUGUGCCUUUGUCCCAAAGGAUGGCCACCCCAGGGAGGCUUCACCCAGUCCUCCAUUCCCGUGGACCACAGCCAACCAGGCUCCCCUUCUGGAAGUGGGACCUCUUGCCUGAGAAACACAAGCCAUUCCGUGCCGUCUGACCUGGGGCCUAGCAUGGUGGGAGUCUCAGCUCCAUAGUGAUAGGCCUGGUUCUAUUUAUAACAUUCUUAAGUUUCCACCCAUAGGGACACAGUUCUCCAGACUGAGCAAGAUGUUUCAAUAAAAGAGUAUGUUGUAAGAAAGACACUGGAUCUUUUAUUUUUUUUCCUUUCAUUUUCUUUUUCUUUAAAAAAAACAAAACAAAACAAAAGCCUGAAGCAAAAUCUUUCUAGGAGUAGUUACAGAUAUUAUAGGGGUAAGGGUAGGGGCACUAAAACAGAAAGAAAAGCACCAGUAAGAUGCCUUUCUAAUUUUCUUCUCUCCAUCACUGAAUACAGACAGCCAACAAAGCCCAAGUCACUUCUUUGCCCUCUUCCCUUGCAAAAAAGGAGAAACAGAAGAUUUUAAGAAUUUUGAAAGGAUUUUGUGUAUGUGAGUGUGUAAAAGUCAAUGCUAUAAAUCUAAAACGAAGUCUGUUUUUUUAAAAAAGUUCUAAAACAACAGGAAGAAAACACAUGGAAAGAAACCCCUGGUGGAGACCUGGUUAAUUACAGACUGAGGCUCUUUUUAACGAGAAUAUAAAAUGCAGAGGGCUCUUCCCGUGGGCAGGACCUGCUCCCGCAGCCUCUGCCACCCACUUCCCUUUCAGCUGCCCUCCGCUCCCCUGCCGUCACCCUUCCUCUCUCCUUUUAAAAGAUAAAACCCAGCUCCUGUGACUUUGAUCCUCCUGAUUCCGGAUGGUGAGCGCGGUGGCCACCAGUGGGCGCGGGGCGGCUACUUGGCAUCAAGCUUGGCCAUCUCCUGCACAUAGAUGCCGAUGCUCUCGCUGUCGAAGAGCAGGAAGUAGACGUUCUUCAGUGAGGAUGCGCUCGAGUCGUCGAAGUGGGCGGAGAUGGCUUUGAGGGUCACCUGGGCUGCCGUCUGUUUGGGGAAGCAGUUUCUGUGCCAAAGGAAGAGAAGAGCUGACGUCACUUUGGUCCUGGGACCCAUGGAGUACUCUGCCCUCAGCCCGGGAUAGGGGCAAUGUGGUUCCUUCUCAUCUUGGCACCAGGUCCUUGUUCCUAUCACUCGGGGUCUCACCGUGUGCAGGCUGGUCCACGCAUGAUCUGCUUUCACCUCAGAAGAGGGACAGCCCAGGAGGGGGACAGACAGGGCACACUGUCCCCACUUCACAUAUGCCACACUGGCUCAGAGUGGCACAAUGGUUUUAGGGCUGUAUGGUGAGCGGUGGCCUGUGUUUGAAUCUAUGUGGCCUGACUCAAGUCCAGCUGAGCUUUAAGAACUACCAACUCAGCUAACACAACAUUGUUAAUCAACUAUACUCCAAUAUAAAAUAAAAGUUAAAAACAAACAAACAAAAAACCCCUACCCACUCAGCAUUUUAAAAAGCCAAUA